AUGGUCGGCGCCAUCUUCUCCAUUCUUCUAUCGAGCCUCGUUACUGCGGUAUCCGCCGACAAUGGAUGGACCGAGAACUGUUCUCACGUCAUCGACAAAGAUGUAGUCAUAUUCGGAGGAGGCGGAUCGGGCGCUCAAGCUGCUGUGCGGCUUCGGGAGGAUUACAACAAAACUGUUGUUGUGAUCGAGAAGCAGUGUAACUUGGGCGGUCACGUCGAGACAUACAUCGACUCCAUCUCUGGCAAACCCUUUGAUUACGGCGUCGAGUCCUACACGGAAUAUGGCGGCGCCAAAGGUUUCUUUGCACGAUUCAACAUCACUCUGGUCAAGACAAUGUAUCACCCUAUCAACACAACCUACAUCGACUUCCUCACUGGCGAUCCCCUCCCACUGUACCAUGAUCCCCAGCCGCCUGCCUUCGUAGCAGCACUGAAAAGCUACCUCACCCUCGCGGAAAAGUACGAGAACAUCACAUUUCCCUCCUUUGUGAACUUUCCCUCGCCUCCUGAUAUCCCCGCGGAGCUUUUGCUUCCCUUCAAGACCAUAGCGGAGACCUACAAGCUGGAAGCUGCAUUGCCGCUCAUUUUCGAAGGUACCGGCUGGGGAUUGGGCGAUAUAAGCACAGCUCCACUGCUGGACAUCCUACAGGAGUUGCCCGCCGUUCUGACCAGAGCUUUCUUGGGAGAACUCGCGAGCUGGGUUCCAGAAAGCGGGAGUAAUCAGGAACUGUACGACCGCAUCGGCGCUCUCUUGUCCUCCGACGUCUUGUACGACGCGACAAUCAUCUCGACUCGUCGAUCAGACGAUGGAGUCCAAGUCUUGGUUUCCGACGCACACGGCGAACAAACAUUGAUCCGCGCACGGAAACUUCUGGUCUCCAUCGCACUCACCGACGACAACCUCCCACUCCUCGAUCUCUCUCCCAACGAAGAAGAAAUCUUCAGCACAUGGGCUCCUGACAAUAUAUACUGCGGUAUCGUCUCCGGUCCUGCGCUCCCCGUCAACGGAUCCCUCGUCAACAUUGCUUCCGGAGCCGUGCCGGAGAACUACACCGUAUUUCCCACGCCGCCGUUCGUGGUCCGGUUCCAAUAUUCUGGGGACAACAAUUUUCGGGUCUUGGCUACCGGAACGGAGACGUACACCGAGGACUUGGCCAGACAGCUUAUUGUUGACACGUAUGAGGAAAUCACCGAGGAUGUGCGUGGAGAUGGACCUGUGGACCAUUUGGAUAUCAAAGCCUUUUCCGCCCACCGAACGACGUCCUUUCACGUUCCCGAGGAUAAGGUCCGAGACGGAUUCUAUGGAAAUCUGACGGCGCUUCAGGGUGGGAGGAGUACCUGGUUCACGGGUCGUGCUUGGGGAGGACAGUAUUCGACGACGUUGUGGGGGUUCAAUGAUCAGUGGCUUUUGCCUCGCUUGGUGGCUGAUCUUGAGGCAGGGUCUUGA